AGUUACUCUGGGCACGUGAGCCUGCACUGGCUAGGCUUCCCUAGCCUAGUGGCUGCCUAGUGGGCUGCAACGACUGGUCCUGCCCACCGUGAAGUGCCGCGGUCGCGGUGCGCAGACUGACGCGAUAUGUCUGCGCGCUGCUUAAAACACCGCGACUUUUUCCUAACAUCAAUCACCAGCAACAUCUCAGGCACAUCCUUUGGUCACCGCUCCGACUGCAAUAUCCUGUGUAUCAAGCAUCAAGCGUCUAUCAAGAGUCUCGCGACAUCCUCAUCCAUUUCUAGCCUCUCAAGACAUCAGCUGCCCUCGUUGCAAUCAUGUCGGUCGUGUCGCUGCUCGGCGUCAAGAUUCUCAACAACCCUGCCCCGUUCACUGCUCCCUACGAAUUCGAAAUCACAUUUGAAUGUCUCGAACAACUACGAGAGGAUUUAGAGUGGAAAUUGACCUAUGUCGGUUCUGCCACGUCUGCAGAACACGAUCAAGAACUGGACUCAUUGCUUGUUGGACCAAUUCCCAUAGGAGUGAAUAAGUUCAUAUUCGAAGCUGAUCCCCCGAAACUCUCGCGUCUACCAUCUUCCGAAAUCAUCGGAGUCACCGUCAUCCUCCUGACUUGCUCGUACGAUGGUCGAGAGUUUGUGCGCGUGGGCUACUACGUCAACAACGAAUACGACAGUGAAGAGUUGCAAAAUGACCCUCCGUCAAAACCCAUCAUCGAACGUGUUCGACGCAACAUCCUGGCAGAGAAGCCUAGAGUGACCAGAUUUGCCAUCAAGUGGGAUUCGGAAGAGUCUGCUCCUGCCGAGUAUCCGCCUGAUCAACCCGAAGCCGAUACCCUGGACGACGAUGGCACAGCCUACGGCGCAGAGGAGGCCGACAUGCAAGCAGCGUUGGAAAAGGAGCUUGAGGACACAGACGCUGCUGCCAAAAAGGCGCCUGUUAGUGGCAAACAAGAACCCGUGGUAGCCAAGCAGGAGAAAGAAGAGGACGAAGAAAGCGAGGCCGGUAGCGAAGACCUUGAGGAAGAGAGCAGCGAGAGCGACGAGGAUGAAGAAGAUGAGGAGGCCGCCGAGGGUGAGGAUACCGAAAUGGCCGAAGCCGAUGAGAAGCCCGCCACUUCCACCACAGCGACAAGUGGUGAACAAAAGACCGAAGCUCAGCCAGAGGUCAUGGUACAUUAGAAAGCAGUGUUUCACUGAAAAAGAGCAAGGCGUUUGGAGUCGAAAUUGGGCGGCCAUAGCAUGUGACGUUUAACAUGCCUUGGACGAGAUGAGAGAUUACGAUAUUGGGGAUGGUAUUGCCAUGAUGGAGUACACCGUCAGCAUUGUAUUGCGCUCGGCUUAGAUGGUGAUGGGAGAUGGUAAUGUCAUCAUACACUUCAGCCUGGUAUGAUAAUACAAGAAAUAGAAA